AUGGCUGAAAGGUUGUUAAUAAGAGCACUGAAGGGCGGUAAAAACACUAAAACCGUUACCUUAAAUGGAAAGAACAUGACAAAGAUGCCCUCUGUGUUAGUAAAACUGCCUGACCUGAAGACACUAGACCUUCGGAAUAACCAAAUCCCCAAGUGCCCAGAGAUAAGUACCUUGACCCAGUUUCAGGAUCUGAAGCUGAGAGAGUUCUACUGUGAGGGAAACCCACUGUUCCUGAAGCAGCCAGUUAAUGCUGUAAAACAGGAGGAUAUUUGGAGUCUACAGGAAAUAACGUCAAGAUUUGUAAUGAAUCAGCUAGCAGAAAAGAGUCCUUUCCUAAUGCAAGCCAUAGAAUGGUACCCACAGGUCAGGAACAUAAUCUCUCAGGGAAGAAAAUGUGCAAUAUGUGGAAAGUCCUUUUUAACCAUAUGGCUGGAAUGUGUUGAGUUUUUUCCUCCAUCAAAGAACUGGAAAAUAAGCAGAAAUCUACAGCUGGCUCCUCUUCGAAUAUUAAUUUGUUCUUACAAAUGUUUUAAUCAACAUGACCCUAACCUCUUUGGAAUUGCUCAAGUGUAGAGCAGGUAAGAGGCUCAUUUGGAGCCUCACAUGACUU